GGAACUAAAAUAAGGUGGCUUUAGUACAACUCGAAUCUUUUAGGAUGUUACCCGCUCAAAGCCUAUUAUGCAGUAUACAGGGAUAGGAAACUGCCUUUUUUACAUUGGAGACGACUUGACCGGUGACUGUUUCCGGUUGGGGGGCACUUGGCUGUUUGAAGGCUGACUGGAAAGGGGAAGGUUUUUUGUCAUGGCAGCUGCACGGGUAUUACAUCGGGGCGCCUCUUUGAUGAGGACGCGACUUCUCUCCCAGGCUCCAAGGGCGAGGCUCGGUUGGUGGCAGCGGGCCCAUUCAGGGCGAGGAGGAAGCGAGGUGCAUGGAAAACCCAGGUGUUUUAGAAAAGGGCUUGCAUUAUCAGUACUGUCUUACUUGGGAUAUGAAGCAUAUAUAUUAAUCUCCCCGUCUUCUAUGGUUCAUGCUGAUAACCAAAGUGACAUUCUAGAUCAAGCAGACUACCUGUAUGGCAGUGGAGAAACUGAAAAACUCUGUCAUCUGCUAGAGCAGCACAAAGACAGUGAAAAUGCACAGUUACUGUGGCGCCUGGCACGAGCAUCACGUGACCUAGCUCAACUUAGUCAGACUUCUCCAGAGAGAAAGAAAGAGUUGACAUAUGAAGCCCUUGAUUAUGCAAAGAAAGCCCUUGAAAAAGACCCAUCCUGUUUUGCAGUACACAAGUGGUAUGCCAUCUGCAUCAGUGAUGUGGGAGAUUAUGAAGGAUUAAAGAAGAAAAUUGCAAAUGCUUUUGUUAUCAAGGAACACUUCCAGAAAGCGAUUGAGCUGAAUCCCAAGGAUGCCACUUCACUUCAUCUUAUGGGCAUCUGGUGUUAUACAUUUGCUGAAAUGCCAUGGUACCAAAGCAAGAUAGCUGCAGUUUUAUUUGCAACCCCACCCGGCUCCACCUAUGAUGAGGCCCUACGGUACUUUCAGAAGGCUGAAGAUAUUGAACCAAACUUCUACAGUAAAAAUUUGCUGUUCUUGGGAAAGACAUACAUGAAAUUAAACAACAGAAAGAUGGCCCUUUUGUGGUUAACAAAAGCCAAGGAACGGGUAGCCCAUACAGAGGAAGAUAAGCAGGUCCAAAAAGAAGCUCAGGAAUUGCUGAAUUCUUUGUGACAAGAUUACUAAUUAAAAUGUAUGGUGAUCCUUUUGAGCCACUGCUUUUUCAUCAGAGAACUUCUAGGUCAGAUUUUUCCUGCUAUAUUGCAUUAAGAAGCUCAGAUUUUUGUGAAGUACCUUUUUCCAUAUCAAAUUAUAAGGUGACAGGUGUGAUGUGUUGAAAGGCAGGCAGAAAAAACACCUUAAUUGCUCUCUUCUUCAAAGCCUGUUCAUCUACAAACUACUAAUGUCUUUUUCCAGGGUAAUUCUAUUUUUCUUUUUGAAGAUGUGGAGGAACUGAUGUCAUCUGUGGGACUGACAUUCAGGGGAUGACUUGUCAAUUUAUCAGUUGGUUUUAGGAGUAUGAGAAAUGUCAAUAGGGAAAGCCUUCUACUGUUAAAGCUUAUAAAUAGUGUUGAAUCUUGGGAUUUUUCACAGCUUUGGAAGGGUUGUCAGCCGGAAUCGGUAUUUGGAAUGAAGAGAGGAUCGAGCUGAAGAAAAUGUAUGGUCUCCAGGGACAGGAACACUAUCAUUCCAACUUUAAGUAUGACUUAAAAUAUUUGUCAUGAGAGAAAAGCAACCGCCAAUAGAAAUUAGCUGAAAUAAAUGGCUAAGACAUGA